CUCCAUAAUUAGUUAGUGUCUUGCCAAAACCACCACCCAUGAGUUGAUUAGAGAUGAAAGUUUUCAACUAAAGUAAUGAUGGAAGUAAGUUUAGGGUUUAAAAAAGAGUGUUUUGAUAGAUAUUAAUAAGGUAGUUCAAGAAUAGUUUUGCUGCUUCUUUUGCGCUUUGAUAAAAAGAAUAUGUAUCUCCAUGAAUGACUUCUAUUGGACUAUUCAAACAAAAUAAAGCUGUCGGAGCCUCUGCCUCUUAAUCAAAAUAGAGAAAGCACAUAUGGCGAAUACAGAGACAGUUAAGAGGGCAGAGAAAUUAGUGAAGAAAACUAUGAAAGGAAACGACGCAUCGCAUGAUACAUGGCACGUGUGGAGGGUCCGGGACCUUGCUCUCUCCCUCGCCCGUGAGGAAGGCCUCUCUUCUAAUCCUGAUUCCAUGGAAAUCGUAGAGCUUGCUGCUCUUCUUCAUGAUAUAGGUGACUACAAAUACUUAAGAGAUCCAUCUGAAGAGAAAAUUGUUGAGAAUUUUCUGGAUGGAGAGGGUAUUGAAGAAAUCAAGAAGAAGAAGAUCUUAGCAAUCAUCAAGGGAAUGGGUUUUAAAGAGGAACUAACAGGGAAUGCUAGUGGUGGAUUUUCUCCAGAAUUCGGGGUUGUGCAAGAUGCUGAUCGUCUUGAUGCAAUUGGAGCAGUUGGAAUUGCUCGCUGCUUUACUUUUGGUGGAAGUAGGAACAGAGUGCUUCAUGAUCCGGCCAUUUUUCCUCGUGCAGAUUUGUCCAAGGAACAGUAUAUGAAGAAAGAAGAGCAGACUACUGUGAAUCAUUUUCACGAGAAACUUCUUAAAUUGAAGGAUUUGAUGAAAACAAAGGCUGGACAGAAGAGAGCUGAAAGGAGGCACAAGUUCAUGAAGGACUUUUUGAAGGAGUUCUAUGAAGAAUGGGAUGGGCAAGCUUGAAUGAGUGGCCUUGUUCCAGUAGGCUACUUAAGAACAUAGAGAACAGAAUCUACUGCUGAAGCUGGAAAAGUGCUUCGUGUAUAUUUGUAAGUGUCCCAGCUAUGCCAACUACCCUAAUUUAUUUGGUGUUAAGGCUAAGUUGAUUUGAGCCAUAAGUAAGUUUUGGAAAGGAAGGCUAUCCUGAUCGAAUGAGUAGUCAGUAUGUGCUAAUAGAUGUAUGAGUGCCCAUUAUGGUGAUGAAUUAUUCAAGUUCAUGUACAAUGUCUUAUUUGUGUUUUUCCUUCUGGAAACCAUGAGAAUUUCUUUAAGAUAGCAUCUCCACAGUUGCAAGUCAUCUUUUCAUAA